UCUCUUUCUCCCUCCCUCAUUUUCACCAGAGCCACCUCUCUCUUUUUCUCUCUCUUACCUCACUUCAAUGGCGACCUCCAUCCCCGAUAACCUAACCAGAGACCAGUACGUGUACCUGGCCAAGCUGGCCGAGCAGGCCGAGCGCUACGAGGAGAUGGUCCAGUUCAUGGAGAAGCUCGUCGUGGGGUCCACUCCGGCGUCGGAGCUCACCGUCGAGGAGCGCAACCUCCUCUCCGUGGCCUACAAGAACGUGAUCGGGUCGCUCCGGGCCGCCUGGCGGAUCGUGUCGUCGAUCGAGCAGAAGGAGGAGGGCCGCAAGAACGAGGAGCACGUGGCGCUCGUGAAGGAGUACAGAUCGAAGGUCGAGGCCGAGCUCUCUGAGGUCUGCGCCAGCAUUCUGAGGAUCCUGGACUCCAAUCUGGUGCCGUCGGCGUCGUCGAGCGAGUCGAAGGUGUUCUAUUUGAAGAUGAAGGGGGACUACCACCGCUACUUGGCGGAGUUCAAGUCGGCCGAGGAGAGGAAGGCUGCUGCUGAGGACACUAUGCUCUCUUACAAGGCUGCUCAGGAUGUUGCUGUUGCGGAUCUGGCACCAACUCACCCCAUAAGAUUGGGUCUAGCUCUGAACUUCUCAGUGUUCUACUAUGAGAUUCUCAAUCAGUCUGACAAAGCUUGUAGCAUGGCCAAACAGGCAUUUGAGGAAGCCAUUGCUGAGCUAGACACUUUGGGUGAAGAAUCUUACAAGGACAGCACUCUCAUCAUGCAACUUUUGAGGGACAACCUCACCCUCUGGACUUCAGAUGUGACGGAAGGGUUAGAUGAACCAUAGAUAGCUGCAAGGGUCCUAUGCUUCCUGAUGGAGGAGUUGGGUGUUGAAUCAGCUAAUUGGAAGCAAGUGUGUGCUUUGUAUAUUGCCAGAAUUGAAACUGAACUUGUUCAUGAAUUGUUUAAGUGAUGUUAGCAGCAACCAGCUGUCUUUUUUCAGCAAUUUUAAAUUUGGGUUUGGUUUAUGGAAAUGGAAUCAUAGCAUAUAAAACUAUUGAGGAUAAUCAUGUAGUAGAAUAGUAUUGUCGUGUGACUCAGAGUGAUGCAUUUGCUUGGCCAUAAAGUUUGGAAUGAUCAUGUGGCAAUCUUUUUCA